AUGCAGAAGGUCGCUCUUCUUACCCUGAUCCUCGCGGGCACUUCGAUCGCCGCGCCUACUGGUGCCGACAAACGCUCUGAUGCCGAUGCCGCUACUCUUUAUGUUGCCGAUAAGCGCUCCGAUGCCGACGCCGCUACUCUCUACGUAGCUGACAAGCGCUCCGAUGCCGACGCCGCAACCCUCUACGUCGCUGACAAGCGGUCUGAUGCCGACGCCGCUACUCUCUACGUAGCUGACAAGCGCUCCGAUGCCGACGCCGCAACCCUCUACGUCGCUGACAAGCGCUCUGAUGCCGACGCCGCAACCCUCUACGUCGCUGACAAGCGGUCUGAUGCCGACGCCGCAACCCUCUACGUUGCUGACAAGCGCUCUGACGCCGAUGCUGCUACUCUUUAUGUUACCGACAAGCGCUCUGAUGCUGAUGCCGCAACCCUCUACGUUGCUGACAAGCGCUCUGACGCCGAUGCUGCUACUCUUUAUGUUGCCGACAAGCGCUCCGAUGCUGACGCCGCAACUCUCUAUGUUGCUGACAAGCGCUCUGACGCCGACGCUGCUACUCUUUAUGUUGCCGACAAGCGCUCUGACGCUGACGCUGCUACUCUUUAUGUGGCUGACAAGAAGAAGCGUUCUGACGCCGAUGCCGCCACCCUCUACGUAGCUGACAAGAAGAAGCGCUCUGACGCCGAUGCUGCCACCCUCUACGUUGCCGACAAGAAGAAGCGCUCCGAUGCUGAUGCCGCUACCCUCUAUGUUGCCGACAAGAAGAAGCGCUCUGACGCCGAUGCUGCCACCCUCUAUGUUGCCGACAAGAAGAAGCGCUCCGAUGCUGAUGCCGCUACCCUCUAUGUUGCCGACAAGAAGAAGCGUUCGGACGCCGACGCUGCCACCCUCUACGUCACCGACUAA